AUGUCCCGGACGGUCCGAAAGCACUUCACCCACCUUGAAGCCGCCAAGCAAUUGCAGGGCGAGUCUUUGGCCGAUUUCCUGGUCAAAUGGAAAAACGCCAUUGGUGAGGUGGAGCCCAUGGACGACAGGACGGCCAUAAACGUCCUACACUACUCGCUUCGAGCAGGAGCUCUAUACCAGGACUUCAUCGUCCACCCUUCGCAAUCAUAUGAUGAGGCGAUCCGACGGGUCACCGACCACGCGAACGCUAUGGAAGCCAACUCCGCUAAGCGACGUCAAGAAUCGGGAUCGGCCCGGCACGACAAUCGGCCGGAACCCAAGCGCGGGGACCGUCAGCAGGCCCCCCGGGACCUGUCCAAGCUCACCCGGCCAGUGACGGAGAUCCUCGAUUACGCACAGGGCUGUAACCUGAUUCAACUACCAGAGCCCGGACGUGAUGGCCGGGAUACCUCCAAGUUCUGCGCAUAUCAUCGUAACCGGGGGCAUACGACGGACGAAUGCCGGGUUUUGAAAGAAGUAAUCGAAGACCUCCUGAAAGAGGGGGAAUUGACACAGUUCACCGAAAAAAAGGAAAAGGGGAAGAGAUGGAAAAAGUUCUUCAAAAGAACCGGCCGGGACAAGAAGGAUAAGGCCCAAGAGCCCGACGAGGAACCUCGGUCCGCGGGUUCCAAGCAGGUGAUUCACAUAAUCUUCGGUGGCCCGGAGGGCGGUGACAGCACGGAGGACAGGCACAGGUGGUGUCAAAGUCUACAAGUCGGGCUGGUAGAAGAGGCCCGACCGGAAAAACGCUUGAAAGCCGAACCCAUCGCCUUUACCGACGACGACCUGCCCCGAAAUCUCGAUCACGGGACUGAAGCACUAAUUGUCACGAUAGACGUUUGCGUCGUGGACGUUGAAAGGGUGAUGGUCGAUACCGGUAGCAGUGUGAAUGUCCUCUACCUGGACGUCUUUAAGAAGCUGAAGCUGGAUAAGGAAAAAUUGACCCCGGUCCGCACCUAG